AUGAGCAUCCCAGAGUCAGGUUCGGUCUAUCCGUUCGGCCACAACGCAACUGUCUUCCUCUACCCUGCACAAAUACACUAUGUCUUCAGCACCACGGAACUGUUCGGCCGCUCGACCUGGGACGGGCUCUACAAGGACCUGACAGACGAGUUGUGGCACUAUCGGGUUCCUUCGAUCUGGUUGGAAGAGUCCAUCCGCGACAUCCAGGGACAACAGUUCAAUGUCAUGGACAUCCACAUUGUCGCUCCGUCGAUUGCAAAGAACAGGUGGGAGCAUUCGGCGAGGGAGACCAUCCUCCGGCAUGCAGGAUCUGCACCAGCGCUCUUCAUCCUCCAUCAUUCGCAGUAG